UCCACAGGCACCGUGCCCCCGCCGCGGUGCCCCCGGCCUCCCUCUCACUGCGCGUUCGCAUUCGCCAAUUCCGCCGCCUCCUCCUCCUCCUCCCCUGUGUCCGAGAUCUCGCAUCCGCUCCAUCUAUGGAAGGCCACCACACGCCGUGCCCAGCCAUCCUCGGAUUCCGCCACCCCAUCCUCGGAUUCCAAGCGUCGUCCACCCCACGUGCCCCUGCCCGACGACCCCGUUCCUCGCGGCGCUUGGCUUCAGCGCCGCGACCGCCGCGCCAUCCCCACCCAGCACCCAUCCGCAAACCCACUCCCAUGACUGCCCCCGCCUGAAGACCCCGUUCCCCGCGACUUCGGUGCCGCGACCAUCGCGCCAUCCCCACCCAUCCGCAACCCCGCUCCCCCGCCGCGCCAUCCCCACCCAUUCACAACCCCAUCCCCUGCCGCCCCUCACGUGAUCACCCAUUCGCGACCUGCCCCCUCCCCUCCCCCGAUGGGACAGGGAGCAGCAAGGUCACCACCGGAGACGACCUCGAUGGGUGGCGGCGCCGAGGACGGAGGUGGUGUCACAGUCUAUGGGAGGAAGGAGAUCAUGAUGGGGGAGCAGUGCCAGUCGAUGGACUUCUCUGGGGUCAUCUACUACGACGCUGAAGGCCACCACGUCGCACAACCGCCGCCGCGGCGCUAGCCUGAUGCCCGCCUCCGUGACCUCGCCGCCAAUGCCCACACCGCGCUCGUCUUCAGUGGGCUGGACAGUGAUACCCCGCGACGGUGGUGUAGUGGGAGUGGGACGGCGAGGAGGUUAAGGGCGGCGACGGCGAGGUGCAGAGCUCCUACGGGCUCCGCCAUCAACACUAUGGAUACACUCCAAGAGGCCCCUUCAGCUCCAUUGGAGGCUACAGCUGCCCUCUACACUAUACAGUUUACAGUAUAUUUCUUCUUCUCGGAGGAGGAUGAACAGAUUUCCAGCACCCUGUUUUCAACACCGAGGAGGAUGAACAUUCUACGAAAUCAAAAGGACCCCUUAAGUUCUACAACUCGGAGAUCCACACGACAUCAUUCUGUUUGUCCUCUUUUGCAAAGAGGGUAAUUGAGUCAAAGGCAGUGUACCGAGGCACCUCCCAUUGGAAUGGCGAGUGCUGAUCUGAAUGGGAGAUAUUUCUAUUACUGAGAUUCAGACUCCAAUACAAUAUAGGUUCAGAGGACUAUGUUCUAUAUUACAGCUUCUGCUCAACGCCAAGUAGAUGUAUUGGUGGGCCUGCUUCUUCAACAUCAUCAUCUCCUCACCCGAUGCUGCUUACCUCUCCUCAGUCCUCACCACUCCCCUCAUGGUGAAUGACCCUUCUGGCAGUUUUCCCAAAUCAAGUCUGAAUCGAGCACUUCAGUUGAGAGUAGUCACUCUGGAGUAGAGCAAUGGAGAAUUCAUUUGCACCUCUACAUAUUUUUCAGUGGCACACAUUUCUCUUAAUGUCAACAAAUCACAAAGAAGGGGAUCUUGUUUAUGUUAGUGGUAAGGUGGGUGUACCAAUUUACUUAGAAGGAACAAAAGCUAUGGAAGAGGCAAAAAUCAAGAAUAUUGAAAGCUGACUGUACCAGAAGGUUCUUUUUGCAACCUCAAUUUGAGAUUUAAGGUCGGAUUACCACCAGAGGCAGUAUACAAUAUCAUAAUCGAGGCGGGCAACAAGGGCUUGUGGAUGCUGGACAUCCUCAAGAAGUUGCUGAUGGCCCCCAACAUCGCCACCAAGGUCGUGCGCACCCUCGUGGCAAGCGGGCUUCUCAAAGAGGUCAGCGACGUGCGCCACCGCAGCAGGAAGAUCUUCAUGGCCACCGACUUCCAGUCCUUCGCCGAGAUCACCGGGGGCACCUGGUACCACGACGGUCGCCUAGACACCGACGCCGUAAGCACCGCGCGCCGCUGCUGCCAGGCGCAGGUCGAGAGGCUCGGCGCCGCGACCGCGCAGAUGAUCCACCACGACAUUCUCAAGGAAGACCCCAGGGCCGGGUACACUAUCGACAAGGUCAAGGAUAUCAUCAAGACCAUGGUGCUCGAAGAGGUCAAGAGCACCGGCACGCGGGAUUUUAGCGCCGUUAUGGCCGGCACAAUGUGCUAUCGGCUGGUGACUGGGGCUCCGCAGGGAGGGAUGAUGGAGGGAAUCCAUUGUGGGAUUUGCCCCAGGACUCAUGAGUGCUCGCCGGAGGGGAUCAUCUCACCCAGCACCUGCGUUUACUACAAGAAGUGGUUGCAGAUGGACUUCUAGGCGGUGACGAUGAGCCCUCUUCUGUCCAUCGCGAUGGGGUGUUGGAUUGUGAUACUCAUAUUAAUAAUCAUCUCUAUAGUUAUUUCUACUUAGUCCUUUUAGCUUGGUAUAAUCAUUCAUAUGUAUUUAUUCCACCAAGUUUAGAUGUCUUUACUGAGUACCAUAUCAACUUCCUAAAUAUUUAGGUAAUCGGCAAACCUUUCAGCUCUUCUAUCUACUGAAGUCAUGUAUUGAGCAUGUGAACCCAAAGUGUUUCUGUUCGACUACAGCCAAAGGGCCAACAAAGAUGCGCCUUCUACUA